GUAUUUGAAUGGGUGUCCGAAACGUGUGGCAAAUGUUUGCCCACUGAUCACAGGGUCUGUAUCGAUGGCAAGUGUUUCUGUGAACCGGACUUUUACCCGAUCGGCGAUGAAAACUUAUGUUCAUAUUAUUCGUGUGUUACCGACGGUGAUUGUCAGGUCAACGGUGACACCAAUCGCCAGUGUGGAGACAAAAGCCAUUGCGUAUGCAAGAAGUACACAGUGGCCAAUCCGGUCAAUCACGUGUGCGAAUCGGUUACCAGUCUUCAGUGGUGGAUGUGGUUACUGAUAGGACUGGCCAUUGUGUUUAUAGUGACCAUUGUUAUUGUUUGGUACUUUUGUUGGUACCGACGCCGAAAAAAAACACGCGUUAAGAAGACAGACACACAAAACAAGACAAUUGAUCCACAAAAUGAUGGUUCAAAUAAUAAUAUUAAUAAUAAUCAAUCGGCCAAUGAAUCUGUCAAUGAUAUCAAUGAGAUAUCCGAUAAUAAUUCAGUCAAUACCACAAGUAAUGGUAAUAAUAAUAUUAAUAAGAGUCCCAAUGGUGAACAAAACUAUCCAGAAACACCUGAUCCAGAUUAUUAA